AUGGCCUCCUCCUCAAAGCUCGGAAGCGGCAAAGAUGGCCCGGCCACCAACCCUCGCGGCAUCCCGUAUGCACCCUUCGUCGACCGCGUGGAAGACUAUGUCCGCGACCGCUCCGAGGUGGAAGCUACCGUGAAUAGCUUCAAGGAAAUGAUAUCCAAAUACCAGUUCAUGGAGGUCAACCAGCAACGACGUGCAGCGGGACUCAGGGACAAGAUUCCCGACAUACAGAAGACACUGGACACCGUUCGCUUCUUGAAAAGUCGGAAGUCUGAUGCCGAACCCAUUGAGACGACAUUCGAACUGAACGACACGCUAUACGCUAAAGCUGAAGUUCCACCGACCGAUGAGGUGUAUCUAUGGCUGGGCGCGAAUGUGAUGUUGGCAUACCCUAUUCCAGAAGCUGAAGAGCUGUUGGAGUCAAAACUCAAGACAGCUAAGCAGAGCUUGGCAAACUGCGAGGAAGACAUGGAGUUUCUACGGGAACAAAUCACUACUCUUGAGGUAGCAUUUGCUCGGGUGUAUAACUGGGAUGUUGCUCAAAGGCGAAAAGAAAAGAUGGAAGCAGAGUCAAUAGGAGGCAAGAAAGUUAACAUGCUGCAAUGCCAAGAGCCCACACUGCAGUAUCGAGGGGACGAACCUGAUAGAACAGUCUUUCCCAAAGCUUUCUGGCAGAAUACGAAUGCCGUUUUUCAGUUCCGUUUUAUCAACAGCACCCUUUUUCAAUGUUGGACGCCUCAAUGUGGUGACACCCGCGUCUCCAAUGUCCUCGAUAUGAGCAGUCCUGCGAAGCGACGGAAGAAGAACGACCACAAUGGCUCGAACCAACCCGUCGGAUCCUUACACUACUUCUUCGCUAAGCAGAAAGCUGCCGCAGAGACAGGAGACUCGCGAAAGGCGGUACCAGAGAAGCCAAAUGCCGAGACCAGACAGAAAGAUGACGCUACUCUCGCUGACGAACAGUUGGCUAGGAAGCUACAAGAAGAGUGGAACAGGGAAGAGCAAAAUCGGACCAGGACGUCGAGCUACGAUGAUCUUUAUGCGGAGCCUCCCGAAACAAGUUCGAACGAGACAGAUAGCGCUACAAACAAAAAUUCACACACUAUCGCAGACACCUCUAUGUCGACCGGGCCUUUGAGUGGACCUGCUUCAUUUACAGUUCCUGAAAAGAAGACACUAUCUUUGCAGUCUACCGCCGCUGAGGAAGACCUAGUCUCUGCCACAAUUCCCUUCGAUCAAAGUCCGCUCGUAUUCGAACCUCGGAAGUACAUAACCGAUCUACAGAGGCAGUGGGAGACUGAGGGAGGACACGCGACAUAUGCGCUCCUGACGCGCUGCUUCGUUCUGGUCAACAGCACAACGAGCAGGAUAAAGAUAGUGGACACACUGGUGAAUCUGCUACGUGUUCUGAUUGAAGGCGACCCUACCAGCAUUCUUCCCGCAGUAUGGCUUGCGACAAACUCCAUCUCACCACCAUACAUUGAUUUGGAGCUUGGACUUGGCGGAUCGGCGAUCUCGAAGGCGUUGAAGAAGGUGUGCGGAUUGGACAAUGCUGGUCUGAAGACACUGUAUAACAAGUAUGGCGACCCUGGAGAUGUUGCCUUCGAAGCGAAGAAGCGACAGUCCUUCACACUGCGGAAGCCGAAGCCGUUGACAAUCAAGAGUGUGUACGAUUCGCUUGUCAAAAUCGCCAAUAGCAAAGGCCAGGGCAGCGUGGAGGCGAAGCAGAGAAUAGUCGAGAGGCUAGUGCAAGACGCAAGAGGUGCUGAAGAGAGUCGAUAUAUUGUGCGGACUUUGGUACAGCACCUGCGUAUCGGCGCUGUGAAGACCACAAUGCUGAUAGCUCUAUCCCGCGCAUUCCUGCUCUCCAAACCGCCUGGAGCUGAUUUCCACAUACGAGAUCCCAAGUCUUUGGUGGCCCUAAAGAAAGAGGAGCUUGCCGACGUAUAUCUCAAGAACGAAGAGAUCGUCAAAGCGUGUUUCGCUCGCCGACCGAACUACAACGACCUUGUCCCUACGUUGCUGGAGAUCGGCGUUUGCGAUGAGUUGCUCGUGCGAUGUGGGUUGGCUCUGCACAUCCCGUUGCGGCCCAUGCUGGGGAGCAUAACGCGUGACUUGGGUGAAAUGAUCACUAAGCUGCAGGGACGAGACUUUGCCUGUGAAUACAAAUAUGACGGACAGAGAGCGCAGGUGCACUGCGAUGACAAGGGGAAGGUCACAAUUUUCUCUCGCCACCUCGAACUCAUGACCGACAAAUACCCUGACCUUGUCGCGUUGGUUCCCAAGAUAAGGGGGGAAGGUGUAUCCAGCUUCAUCUUGGAGGGUGAAGUCGUAGCCAUUGACCGCAACAACGGAGAGCUAAAGACGUUUCAGACUCUAGCAAACCGUGCGCGCAAGGACGUUGUUAUUGGAGAUGUCAAAAUCGAUGUGUGUUUGUUCGCGUUCGACCUCAUGUAUCUCAAUGGCGAAGAACUUCUCGAUCGACCCUUUCGGGAGCGAAGAUCUUUGUUACGAAGUCUGUUCGUCGAGAUCCCGCACCACUUCACCUGGGUCAAAAGCUUAGACGCAACAUCCGGCGACGUUGAAGCCGUGCAAGCCUUCUUCAAAAGCGCCACAGACGUAAAAUGCGAAGGCAUCAUGGUCAAGGUGUUAGACAACCUUCCCAACCCAGAGCUCGAAGCUGUGGUCGACCCGCACGAAGCCGAACUGCUCUCCGAGGCAGAAAAUGACCUCCCCGUCAAAGCCUCUCCCCUAGCCACCAAGAAUAACAAUUCGUCCAAGUCUUCUAAACCAAGAGCCCCAUCCAAAACCAGCACGGGCACGAAAUCACCGCCCACCCGUCGCAAACCCCUGCUGUCUACCUACGAACCGGACAAGCGCCUCGACUCCUGGCUCAAGGUCAAAAAGGACUACAACACCUCCUCCGACACGCUAGAUCUCAUCCCCAUCGGUGGCUUUCACGGCCAAGGGCGCAAAGCGAAAUGGUGGUCCCCUAUUCUUCUAGCUGUGCGGAAUGCCGACACGGGAUCACUGCAAGCAAUCACGAAAUGCAUGUCCGGCUUCACGGAUAAGUUCUACGCAGCGCUGAGAGAGAAAUAUAACCCAGAUGAUCCGGAGAAUACAAAUGUCCUGCAUGGGGGAAAGCCUGCGUUUGUACAGUAUAACGGUGGGGGAGGUUGGCCGGACGUCUGGUUCCAGCCACAGGAGGUGUGGGAGGUGGCUUUUGCGGAUAUCACGUUGAGUCCGACGUAUGACGCAGCGCUCGGCCUGGUGAGCGAGGAUCGAGGGCUGAGCACCAGGUUCCCGCGCUUUCUGAGGGUGAGGGAGGACAAGGGGGUCGACGAGGCCACGGAGUCGGGCGAGUUGGCGGAGAUGUGGUGGAAGCAGGAGGCUAGGGCGCCCAAGGGAGGGGAGGCAAAGCCGGAGGAAGCAGAGGAAGGAGAGUAG